CGAUGAGGAGCAGCUGCUUCUGUUUCAACAGAAGUUGCUGGCAGAGGAGGAGAUGGCCAAAAAGAAAGAGAGGCUCCUCAGCCAGUUCUUGAAGGUGAUGGCCUUUUGCAUUAUGUCCUGCUCAACCCCAUCCACCCGCUGCGCUGGCCUGUCACUGAGGAAACCUCAUUUUCAUCCUGACCUCCCCUCCUCCGGAAAUCCUGAGACCCAGAUAUACUUAGAUUUCAGGCAACAUUGUUUGGGAGGCGGGGGUGUUCUCCGCGAAGCAUGGAGGGGGUGCGUGGUAUACAGCUUGGCGGUCUCUAUUGAAUCACAGAACUGGGCCCUUAGGUCCUGUCCGCUAUCCCAGCUGUCUGGAAUGCUGAUAUUCUCCCUGGAGAUGGGUCAUUACAAACAACAUCCUACUCUGAUGCUCCCACCCUGAAGGAAAUUCACCCUUGCCCUCCCUAAAUGCCAUCAGGCCGUUCCCAUCGAAAAGGGGACAAGCUGGCCAAGGAGGAACACAACAGUGCUUUGAACCUUAAUAAGAUUAACACACAGUGGAGAACUGUCCUUAGGGAAGUCAAGACCAGAGAGCUUCAUAAGGACAUUGAGAUCCUCAGCCAAACAUUUGAACGAGUGGUGGACUGUAAGGACAAUGUCAUCAAGUCUUUAGCUAAAGAUCUGUCCGAAGCUGAGGAGCAGUACGCCCGUGCCCUGCGCAGCCACUUGCACAAUGUUGACCAGCUUUUGGCCCUGCAGAGGCACCGGCUCAGUCUCCUGGAGGAAAGUUACAACAUGGAGCUGGAAGCCCUAACCAAGGAGUUUGAGACAGAAAGGAAGACAAUUAUUGACCAACAUGAGAAAGAGAUUCACUAUCUACAAGAUAUCUUCAUGGCCAUGGAGCAGAACUAUAUAGAUUCUGAGUAUGAAAGCAAGCUGGAGUUCCAGAGCAUGUGGAAUGAUCUCAAAAACAUGAAUUUAGAAGAGAAGCACUUUCUAAGGCUGCACCUGGAGAACAUAGUAGAAGAUCUGUGGAGAAAGUUCCAGGAUGUACUCAAGAAUUACACUGAUGCCACAGAGGAUCGAAAGGCUGCCUUUGAGACCCUGCAGGUGAAGGAUGAGAAGAGCUCCAAAGAGAUUGAAGUACAGAUGAAAAAAAUACAGAAACUACAGGAUGCCAUAACUAUUUCAAAAGGCAAGAUCAUGAUACACAGCCGUGAGAGUGAAGAUGAGAACCGGUAUAUCCGUAACGACAAGGAAUUGGUCCUUGUACAACUGCGAAAACUUAAGGCCCAAAGGACUCAGGCCCGGGCAGCAUCCCAGAAGAACUUAGUCAAACUCACCUUGGAAAGUAAUGCCACCCUCAAGGCCCUGAGAAAGAUUGUUGAUAAGGGUGAAAAGAUCCUUAAACUUGCUGAAAUAUGUAGGAAAUUUGAAACUGAGGAAGAAAAGGUGCUGCCUUUUUAUUCAUCAGUAUUGACUCCUAAGGAGCAGGAGGGGAUUGAGGAGAAUAAUCUAGAAGAGCUUACUGAGGAGCUCGCCAAGGUGAUGGUGGACUACACAGGAAUGGAGAAUUUCUGGAAAAGGUACAACAAAGUGAAACUGGAGCAACUAAGCCUCCAACACAGACGAGCCCAGCUGCUAGAUAUCAAUGGAAAGCUGCGGGAGAUGCUGAAGCAGUACUUGGAUGGCAUCUCAGUGAGUGACGAAGUGCUGAGCCAGCUCAACCCACUCUUUAUAGUCAACUAUCAAAGCAAUUUACCCCAGCCCUUGUCCAUACCUAUAGCCCAUCCAGGUGAUAAACAACAUCCAACCACUUAAAAUAUAAUUGAAGCAGCCCACGUGAUCUUCUACAACCUGUGAUCUAAGGAAAAAAAUCUUUCAACUCCUAGAGAUUUUUUUUUUUUUUUUGAGAGAUGUACGGAUGUUGCUAUUAAAAAUUUCCAUGGAGUUUA